AUGGGCAAGGGAAAACCAACAGGAUUGAACGCCGCUCGCAAGCUUCGUACCUCGCGCCGCGAUAACCGCUGGGCUGACAAGAGCUACAAGAAGAGGGCUCUUGGAACAGCUUUCAAGCACAACCCAUUUGGAGGAGCCUCUCACGCUAAGGGAAUUGUCCUAGAAAGAAUUGGUAUUGAAUCUAAACAGCCAAACUCUGCAGUUCGUAAGUGUGUGCGAAUCCAGCUCAUCAAAAACGCAAAGAAGAUCACUGCCUUUGUACCGAACGAUGGUUGUCUAAAUUUCAUUGAAACCAACGACGAAGUUCUUGUUGCUGGUUUUGGUCGUAAAGGUCGUGCUGUGGGAGACAUUCCCGGUGUCAAAUUCAAGGUCGUCAAAGUGGCUUCCGUCUCCCUGCUUGCUCUAUACAAAGAGAAGAAGGAUAAGCCCAGGUCUUAA